AUGGAAACAGCCAACGAUGUAGCUCCAACUGAGAGUGUUCCAAUCAUAUCUGAUAUAGUUGUACCUGAAUCACCGGCAGUAGAAGUAGUGUGUGAGUAUGCAUUUGAAACAGGUCACAGAUCAGUUUCCCCUCACUCCAAAUCUGACUCUGAAGAUGAAUGGGUCAUAGUGUCCGUAUCAGAUACAGAGGAAAGACCUCUCUCCCCUGAGUCUUUGCCUGACUACCAACCCAUGUCACCUGCAACAUUAAUGUUAAAGGCAGAUGUUGGAAUAUCAUCACCUGAAUCUGUGUUAUUAGAGAAACAAGUUGAGAAGGAUAGACCGCUAUCCCCUGAGUCAGCUGAAUACAGACCCGUGUCUCUAGAAUCAGCGAUGUCAUUGGUUGACGUUAGAUCAUCUUCACCUGAAUCAAUGCAUGAGAUUAAUGACAACAGGUCUCUUUCUCCAGACUCACCCAUCCCUCAGUAUACAAUAUCAGGUGUAUCACAUAUGGAUUCAUGUAAUAUGGAGUAUGCCACAAUAGAACACAGGUCAUCAUCACCUGAAUCAAUGGCUUCUGACUCUGAGUAUGAGCUAAUGGUCAUAUCACAAUCAGAUUUAGAGAGUAGGCCAUCCUCACCUGAUUCCCUAGAAUCAGUCGGAAGGAAUAGACGGCUAUCGCCUGACUCACCAGUGCCUGAGUUUAUGAGGAUAUUAUCUCAGUACUUCAUGGAGCCCCUUGGUGAUAGAACGUCUUCACCUGAAUCAGUGUCAUCAGACACUGUAUUCGUAGCGUUACCUCUAGAUUAUUGGGCCGAUGUCUGUGGAAGGCAAUCGUCUCCUGAAUCUGGUGCAUCAGAUGAAGAGUUAAGUUUAGUUAUUACAGGUACAGAAACAAUGACAUUUAAAGCAGGUACGUUGAGUCAUGUGACAACUGUUUUAACAUCUGAGCGUGUCCCAUUGUCACCCAAAGAAAAUACCUUGGGUGUCACUCUGUUUUCAGUCCCAGCUAGUGAAUUUGAAAUAGAGCAGGGACAAAUGACCACAACAGAUCAAGGCUUACCAAGGGUAAUUGGACUAGUAGCAGAAAUGGUUACUACAUCUACGGAAUGGACACAGACAAAGCAUUGUUCAGAGCAUGCUGAAACCAUCCCAACUCCCCAAGCCACUAUUGGUUUGGAAGACGUCAAAAAGGUCCAGAGAGACGUUCCCAGUAAAGCAACAACCAGUGAAGGUCCAGGACAGAAGAGAGGAAGAAGUAGAGGUCCUGCGCCUCAGUGCUGAUUCAAUAAAGACCCAGGAAGACCCACGGAGGGUAAGAGAGAGAGAGCAUGACGAAGCUGACUUGCACGUGCCAUGAUAUAAUGGAAUAACUCCCAUUCUAAUGGAGGAUGACAAUAACACUGUGUGGUGUAAAUGGAUGUGUGGAUUCAGCAAUGUGUUUAGCGAAAUGGAGUGUAUCUAGGGAAUGUUUGUGCGAUCACAAUGCACUUGGAUGGUGGGUGAUGUAACUAACCAAUUUUGUCUCAUUUGAGAUGUAAUUAACAGUUUGUGAACAAGCACAAUCUCAUUACGGUAACUUCGUCUGGCACUAAGAUGUUGGCGUUUAGAAUUGCAUGGUUUGUUCUCCAAUGGUUUGUUUCAUCAUUUUGUUCUUGCAGUGAUUUAAGUGUCACAUGAUGUUGUAGAAGAAAAUUACUAACAAGAUCUAGUACUCUGUUAGUGUUACGCAGUUUGUUGACGGGAUGUCAGCGGUGCAUGCCAACUGACUUGCUGUAACAACACAUUUCAGUAAUCCAUGUUAUUUCUAGGCUCCGUCUCAAACUGCCAAGGAAAUACUGUUGCAGACGGGUUAUGGAAAGAUGCAAAACAAAUUAGAGUCUACCAUGAUAAUGGAAAGUACUUUACAUGAACAAAAGGCAGUUCCAGCCUUCAGUCAAGAAACCAGUGUAUCAGGACUGGCAUCUAAGACAGCCACACGCUACAAACCUCUGAUAUCAACUCCAUUGCAGAUCAGUGAACAAGACCCCUUCACUACCCAUAGAGCAGUGACACCUAAACUAAAGGAACCCGACUCUGCCAGUCAGGAAUUCUGUGACUGGAGUGAAUUUACACAAGAGGAAUUUGAGCAGACUCAAUCAGGUGAGUUAUGUUCACCGAUGUCAAGCCAAUUCCUGGUGCCACCAGAUUACGAGGCUGUGUUUUCCGGACGCCAGUCUCUGGGAGUCUCUGAGUGUAGCCAGGUGUCUCCCACUGAUAUGAGUCCAGUUUCUCCAGUCUUCAUUGACUCUCUGUCAGAUAAGAGUGAGGUCACAACCACCACCCUGAAGGUUCUUGAGUCCGCUUCCAAGUCUGCUACACCUGGAGCCGCAGAAGCUUUUGAAUUCUCCCCAGACUUUAAGCGAGUGCUCGGCGAAUUUGAGAAAUCACUCUCUGCAUUUGGACCAGAUAUCCAAUCAGAUUCCUCCCAGGAAUACUCAGACCUGGAGUUCUUUGACUGCAAAGAUGACUUGUCAGACUUCUCAGAGCCAGAGGAUCUGGAGCCAGAGGAACCUGAGGUCCUCUACCACAUCGAAGAGCCUCCGUCCCCAACCCCCUUCGGCAGCACCCCGGAAACAGGCUUCCUCAAAGGGAGCCCUUUCCUACGGGUGGAUGAACAGAAGCGCUUCUCAUCGGGUAGUGAAAGUCUUGGGGAUUAUGGCAUUUAUGACAGACCAGAAAGUGAAAGUGAAACUGUACCCAUGUGUGAGGAGCUUCCCUCCAGGUCGCGGGCAGGGUACGAUGACGAUGAAUACUCUCUGGAACAGGUAAGAGGUCGAGCAUGACGACUGCACCCUGCCCUGGCUUGUGUCCCAGCUUCUCAGGCUGAUUGCAGUGUUACCACAGUCCGGAGAGGACAUCAACUCACUCAAACACAGAGACUAAUACAAUAAACUUAUGAGUGGUGUGUUUGCAUGCGUAUAUACUUACCAAACAAUACACUGUAAGUCAAACCACUUCAAAGUGGGGUCACUGACCAACACAAUGGAAUAAUCAUGGGACAAAAGCCUGAUCAGUAAGGAAAAUACUUAUCUAUGAGAAUGUUUGUUUGCUGUGUUUGCGAGUUAUUUUCAUAUUUUCAGCUAGGCUAUCUGAUACAAUGAAGAGAACCUACAGUACAUACGAAUACGUUCUAUAAAAAAAUGUUGUGAAAUAAUUGUCAUACAUUCACUGUCAAUACUUCAUAUUCCACAUCAACAUUCCAUACAGAGGUGCUUGUUUGAAACUUUGACCACAAUUCCUUUGGAUGAUCGUUGACACAUCUUGCAUGGCUGGUUUUGUUGAAGGGUGUUGUACAUCUAUGUCUUCUCUUCAUCUUCCAUCUCCAACAUCAUUUCAUAGAACCUCUCUCAUAUUUUUAAUUUCUCUGAAAAAAUGUAUAUCAGGUCGACAAUAGCCUACUUCUGAAUGCCUUUUUGGCAUUCCAAUGAAAGAAAAGAAGGCAACGGUGUCAUUAUAACCACGUUAUAAUGAUCUACUAUGCUCACAAUGGCUGUGUGCUGUCUCUCAGGAGAUAAAUGAGGAGCUAGGGUUGCUGUCGUCGGAUAGCUCGGAGGAGGAGGUGUUGACCACCAGGGUGGUCCGACGCAGAGUUGUCAUCCAGGUAUCGGGCAUUGGAGAGCAUGUGGAGGAGUGGGCCCUGCCCUAGUGUGCUGUGGUGCUGGGUUUAGAUGGGAGUUGAGUUUUAGCUUGUGGGUAGUUUUUCUGCUGUGCUGAACUUUGAGUAAUGCCUAUAAUAUACACUGCUCAAAAAAAAUAAAGGGAACACUUAAACAACACAAUGUAACUCCAAGUCAAUCACACUUCUGUGAAAUCAAACUGUCCACUUAGGAAGCAACACUGAUUGUCAAUAAAUUCCACAUGCUGUUGUGCAAAUGGAAUAGAAAACAGGUGGAAAUUAUAGGCAAUUAGCAAGACACCCCCAAUAAAGGACUGGUUUUGCAGGUGGUGACCACAGACCACUUCUCAGUUCCUAUGCUUCCUGGCUGAUGUUUUGGUCACUUUUGAAUGCUGGCGGUGCUUUCACUCUAGUGGUAACAUGAGACGGAGUUUACAGCCCACACAAGUGGCUCAGGUAGUGCAGCUCAUCCAGGAUGGCACAUCAAUGCGAGCUGUGGCAAGAAGGUUUGCUGUGUCUGUCAGCGUAGUGUCCAGAGCAUGGAGAAGCUACCAGGAGACAGGCCAGUACAUCAGGAGACGUGGAGGAGGCCGAAGGAGGGCAACAACCCAGCAGCAGGACUGCUACCUCCGCCUUUGUGCAAGGAGGAGCAGGAGGAGCACUGCCAGAGCCCUGCAAAAUGACCUCCAGCAGGCCACAAAUGUGCAUGUGUCUGCUCAAACGGUCAGAAACAGACUCCAUGAGGGUGGUAUGAGGGCCCGACGUCCACAGGUGGGGGUUGUGCUUACAGCCCAACACCGUGCAGGACAUUUGGCCUUAAUUUUUUUGAGCAGUGUAUAUAUUUUCAUAUUUUGAUUUCUGUCUCAUUCUGUCUCCACUUUGUUUUAUAUUGCACCCUCAUAUGUCAUAUCAUUUUGUUCUGUGACAGAUUGAUUCAAUCUUUGUGGUCUUAGGUAAUGGUUAAAAAUGACUGGUUUAUUUCCCUUUUUGAGUGGGGUUUGCAACGUUUAAACCGGUUCAUCUGUGGACUUGCCUUAACUCCAGUGUGUGUUCCGGGUCUGUUAGGUUAGUGGUCUGACUGUGCAUCUACUAUGUUCUCUCUCCAGGCGGAUGCCCUGCCAGACAUCCCUCCGCAGACAGUGACAGAAGAACAGUACAUGGAUGAGCACGGAAACAUGGUAGUCAAGAAGGUAAAGGGACAUUUUAUACCUACAUUCACAGACACGUACCUCUAGAACACCCCGAUUUACAGUAGACCGCAACAAUAUAAGGACAAAUAUAAGGACAAAUAUAAGGACAAAUAUAAGGACAAAUAUAAGACAAAUAUAAGGACAAAUAUAAGCACCAAAUGAUGAUUAUUUAUUACGUAACUACUAUUGUUUCCCAGGCAAAUAAGUGUGUUUGUUCUUAUAUGACCUAUUCAUGCAGCUCAGUGCUCUACUAGUGAUAACAUUUCUCUCUCUCUGGUCUCUCUCCCCCAGAUCACACGGAAGGUGAUCCGUAAGUACUUCUCUCCAGACGGAGUGGCGAGAGAGGAGGUGACGGUGGAGGGAUCUCAGCAGGAGAUGGUCGGCGUGGAGGAGGGAGACGGCUUCUCCAAGGUGGUGAAAAGGACUGUGGUCCGAAGUGAGGGAGAUCAGACUGAGGUCAGUCCGUCCAUUGUCUUUGUGUCUAUACAUUUACGUCAUUUAGCAGACGCUCUUAUCCAGAGCGACAAACAGUAGUGAGUGCAUACAUUUUCAUAUUUUGUUUGUACUGGUCCCCCAUGGGAAUCAAACCCACAACCCCGGCGUUGCAAGUGCCAUGUUCUACCAACUGAGCCACACAGGCUUUCUUUGGGGUCAAUAUUCCAGUAUUUCUGAAAACGAUUGAGUAUUACAUGAUUUAUGCAGUAAUUAUACUGUAGAUAUUGUGAUGUCACAGGGGUGUCUGUCAGCUAGAACACUACACCUCCCAUAACCCCUUGCGCUACAGGUCACCUGACCUAUUAAGUAGCUGAGUGAUGGGUUAACUUGGAGCAUGCCACAAGGGGAGCUGCAAAAUGCAUAGCAAAGUUGACCCUUUUCAUCCGACUAUCAAGAGAUUGUUACAUAGGCGUCUGUUGUCACAAAGAGUUUUGGAAAUACGUUGUGAUCUGAACCACCAUUUUUUUUUCAUGUUUUUUUUUUCUGUAUCAAAAAGGGGCUUAGGUGGUGGGCGUGGCAGGGGGCGUGGCAGGGGGUAUGGCAGCGCAUUGGUACCAACCAUUAGUAUGUGUGUAACGGGGCUGAGCUAAAGCGGUGUUUGUGAGACAAGGGCGGAUACAGAAGGGGCCCAGGGCCGAGGCGUUUUUUACAUUAACAUCUGUAGAGUCAGAAUGGUUUGAGCUCUAUGAUGCUCACAAGCUACAGAGCUAUUAGAAGGUAAAGGGUUCUUCUACAUAGAAGAUCAUAGGAAAUCCCAGGACAUAGUGUCUAUAAUACUGAGUCGUUAGAAGGUAAGGUGUUCUUCUACAUAGAAGAUCAUAGGAAAUCCCAGGACAUAGUGUCUAUAAUACUGAGUCGUUAGAAGGUAAGGUGUUCUUCUACAUAGAAGAUCAUAGAAAAUCCCAGGACAUAGUGUCUAUAAUACUGAGUCGUUAGAAGGUAAGGUGUUCUUCUACAUAGAAGAUCAUAGGAAAUCCCAGGACAUAGUGUCUAUAAUACUGAGUCGUUAGAAGGUAAAGGGUUCUUCUACAUAGAAGAUCAUAGGAAAUCCCAGGACAUAGUGUCUAUAAUACUGAGUCAUUAGAAGGUAAAGUGUUCUUCUACAUAGACAGGACAUAGUGUCUAUAAUACUGAGUCAUUAGAAGGUAAAGGGUUCUUCUACAUAGAGGAUCAUAGGAAAUCCCAGGACAUAGUGUCUAUAAUACUGUAAUAAGCUCACAUAGUUGCUGUCACAGACUCCACACAGUUGUCACUGACUAGUUGGAUAUUCACGUCCCACUGAGCAAACAAUUUCUGUUCUUCAUAUAAUUCAUUUGGAUCAGAUUUUUGCUUUGGCAAACCUUAUUUUCUUUAUUGACAUUUGAGGGAAAAAAGUAUUUGAUCCCCUGCUGAUUUUGUAUGUUUGCCCACUGACAAAGUAAUGAUCAGUCUAUAAUUUUAAUGGUAGGUUUAUUUGAACAGUGAGAGACAGAAUAACAACAAAAAAAUCCAGAAAAACGCAUGUCAAAAAUGUUAUAAAUUGAUUUGCAUUUUAAUGAGGGAAAUAAGUAUUUGACCCCCUCUCAAUCAGAAAGAUUUCUGGCUCCCAGGUGUCUUUUAUGCAGGUAACGAGCUGAGAUUAGGAGCACACUCUUAAAGGGAGUGCUCCUAAUCUCAGCUUGUUACCUGUAUAAAAGACACCUGUCCACAGAAGCAAUCAAUCAAUCAGAUUCCAAACUCUCCACCAUGGCCAAGACCAAAGAGCUCUCCAAGGAUGUCAGGGACAAGAUUGUAGACCUACACAAGGCUGGAAUCGGCUACAAGACCAUCGCCAAGCAGCUUGGUGAGAAGGUUACAACAGUUGGUGCGAUUAUUCGCAAAUGGAAGAAACCCAAAAGAACUGUCAAUCUCCCUCGGCCUGGGGCUCCAUGCAAGAUCUCACCUUGUGGAGUUGCAAUGAUCAUGAGAACGGUGAGGAAUCAGCCCAGAACUACACGGGAGGAUCUUGUCAAUGAUCUCAAGGUAGCUGGGACCAUAGUCACCAAGAAAACAAUUGGUAACACACUACGCCGUGAAGGACUGAAAUCCUGCAGCGCCCGCAAGGUCCCCCUGCUCAAGAAAACACAUAUACAGGCCCGUCUGAAGUUUGCCAAUGAACAUCUGAAUGAUUCAGAGGAGAACUGGGUGAAAGUGUUGUGGUCAGAUGAGACCAAAAUUGAGCUCUUUGGCAUCAACUCAACUCGCCGUGUUUGGAGGAGGAGGAAUACUGCCUAUGACCCCAAGAACACCAUCCCCAAACGUACAAAAUCCCCAAACUUACAAAAAAUUGGCAAACGUACAAAAUCAGCAGGGGAUCAAAUACUUUUUUCCCUCACUGUAGUUUUGUGUUCUAUUUGUAGCCCUGGUUGUCCUGAAAAUAAAAUGAUAAAACACUUCAUUGUGAGGCUAAAUAUAAAGGCUGGACAUGCCGAUAAAUGAAAGUCAGAUAAAUGAAAAGCAGAUUUUACUAAGCUAACAUAUAGAAUUGUUUUAAGAUGGUCAUACCAUGGAUCGUUCAGCUAUUUGAUUUGGAAUUUUAGGACCCCUUUAGGUAUAAAAAAAUAUAUAAAAAAAUGAUUUGAUAAAAUAUUAAAUUUGGCCUUUACUGCUAUAGCCCAUAGAAACACAUUGAAUAACACAUUCAUAAAUGGCAAAACAGACAGUCAAAAUAAAAUAAUGAAAUCAUAAGGAAUAAGGUUUAGAAGUGUCUGUCCUAUAUCUAGUAGACAUAAGAAAGCUCAGGAAAUAUUUUUGGUAUUUUGGACACAUAUUUAACCUCUUAUUUGUGUUGCCACAAAACUACCUCCAUACUUCCAUUUGUUUGUAUGAGUUACCUUCAGACGAGUCCUGUGACACUUCUGAGGGUCGUAGAGCAAAACGGAGAAGACCAUUUAGAGUCUUCCCUUUCCAUACUGGGGUCAUAUUAGUUUGUAGCUUACCGACUUCAGAUGAGUCCCGUGACACUUGUGGGGGUCGUAGAGUAAAACGGAGGACAACAUCGUGUUUGUGAGAGUCUCCCCUUUCCAUAGAGUGGUCAUAACCGCUCGGACGCUGCAGACGUUUACGUGAAAUUACCGGUGGUCUGACAAACACCGCUGUAGCUCGGGCACCUUCCAGGCCGACAUAAAUGGAUGUGAUGGAUUUAGACGCAGCCCACCUGAUAUCUCAAGCUUAAACUGACGGAUUUUGAUGUGGAUUGUUUUAUUAUUUUACUUAGGUAGAUGCACGGGUGCAUCAGUAGACUCUUAAGGAAUAAUUAUUAAAGGUCUUAUAAAUUAUUGAUAUGUACCCAUUGAUUCUUGAAGAAUAUAACUUAUAAAUGAGCUUAGAUUAAUAGUCGUAACCCAUCAGAACCCAAACUAUAAACUUGUUUUACUCCAAUAAAGUAAAUGUAAACAAACACUAUUUAGCCUUGUAUCCUACUCUAUCAGUGACCUUUGAACCCUAUGUUUGACCUCUCCAGUUGACCUUUUCGGAGCCCCUGGCCCUAGGGGCCACCACAGCCUCGGACUUCAAGUCGGAGCAGGUGCAGGGCCGAAAGGUCAGCAAGUUGGUCAAGACGACGGUGGUGAGGGGCGAGAGGAUGGAGAAGCAGACGGGUGACCCCUCUCUGGCCGCAGACCUCCCCUCGGCCAAAGAGGACUUUGAGAAGGUCAGUAGUUUGAGGGAGACCAGUUGUGAUAUAAAGCCAGGAGGGUAUUUUCUACCUCAGUGGCUUGAGAAGAGCAGGUUGAGCUGGGUCAAGUGUUGUAAAGGGAUACUGUGCCUGGAAUAUAAAGCUGAAUGCUUAGAGCUUUAUAACAUGCCAUUGAAAUGGUUCUUGACUGACAUGUUUGUUACUGUAUGACCUGGUAAAAACCUUAUUGAAGACUUAACUCAACUCUAGGACCAGACACAGGGGGUUUUGGUGUUUGAAAUGUCCUUUUCCUUGUUCUGUCACAUCCAGGCAUUGAGUUAUGCUGGAGGCUUUGGGAAAAUUCAACUUCCCCAUUUAGUAGAGAAAGAGGUUGUGAAGGACGACGGUUCUGUGGUCAAAAGGUUUGAGAACAGCAUGGGAGUGUUCAUUAAUUAACCCAAGGUGUCCAUGUUUGUACACUCCUGUUAGUUUUAUGAGUGAUUUAUCUUAACCUUUUAGAUUACAUGCUUAGAUAAAAUGCUAAGAUUCUGACCUGGGCAUGUGCAAGGUAAGUUACCCAUAAAAGGGCGUGUUUAAGAUUACUCAUAUGGUUGCUGUUGCUAAUGGUAGAGAGAAGGCUAACCUGCAUGGGGUUUUUUGAGAUGUGGAUUAGCUAGAAAGGUCUGAGUCACUAUGACCAUAGUUUUGUUCAAAAGCCUGUCAACGAAGCUUUGACCAAACUUUCAGGUUCUUUUGAAAUGAUUGGUUAAUCAAGUCUAAUGACUUCUCUCUUCCAUCUCCCUCCCUCACUCCCUCCCUCCCACCCCACACCUCCUCCCUCCUUCUCUCUCUCUUUCUCUGUCCCAUCUCCAGAACCCAGAUGUGUAAGUCUCGUACCCAGAAGAGGACUGUGGUGAGAGAUGCCCAGGGUAAGCAUGUGCACCUGGAGCGGCUGGACGACACCCCAGAGACCCUGCAACCCGACGCCCUUCAGCAACACCUGCACCUGCUGCUCCAACGCUACUGCUCCAAGGAGGAGGAGGGAGGAGAGAAGGAGGAGGAGGGAGGAGAGAAGGAGGAGGAGGGAGGAGAGAAGAAGAAAGAGGGAGGAGAGAAGGAGGAGGAGGGGGAGAGAAAAAAGUAG